AUGGCGGCCACGGCGCUUCCCCCGCUGCCGCCGCAGUUCAAGAGCAUCCAGCACCAUUUGCGAACCGCGCAGGAGCUGGACAAGCGCGAACCAGUGGUGGCGUACUACUGUCGUUUGUAUGCUAUGCAAACAGGGAUGAAGAUUGACAGCAAAACCCCAGAAUGCCGUAAAUUUUUAUCCAAGCUUAUGGAUCAGUUGGAAGCUAUGAAGAAGCAGUUUGGUGAUAAUGAAGCAAUUACUCAGGAAAUUGUUGGUUCUGCUCAUGUGGAGAAUUAUGCUUUAAAAAUGUUUUUGUAUGCAGACAAUGAAGACAGAGCUGGGCAAUUUCAUAAAAACAUGAUAAAAUCCUUUUAUACAGCAAGUCUCCUUAUAGAUGUGCUAACAGUCUUCGGGGAGCUCACUGAAGAGAAUGCUCAGCACAGGAAGUAUGCCAGGUGGAAGGCAGCAUACAUUCAUAACUGCUUGAAGAAUGGAGAGACUCCUCAGCCUGGCCCUAUUGGAAUGGAAGGAGAGAGCUUUGGAGAUGCUGAAAGGGAAGAAGCAGGGUCAUCUUCUGUCCCUAGUGGAACAACCCAACCAACAUCAUCAUCUACGUAUGAAGCUAACAACACACCAACCAGUAAUUUCACUGGUAUACAUAUACCACCUGGUGCCCAUGCACCAGCCAACACUCCAGCUGAAGUGCCUCACAACACAGGAGUGACAAGUAACACCAUUCAGCCUGCUCCUCAGAAUAUUCCCCUAGUUGAUCCUUCCCUUUACAGCGCUCAGUCUUCAGGGGAAGUCCGUUUGACUCCAGAGGACUUUGCAAGAGCUCAGAAAUAUUGCAAAUAUGCUGGCAGUGCUUUGCAAUAUGAAGAUGUGAGCACUGCUGUGCAAAAUCUACAGAAGGCCCUCAAGUUACUAAUUACAGGCAGAGAAUGAAGCCUUUAUCCAACAGAUUCAUGUCUUCUGCCUAAAGAACUAACAACUUUUACUGUACCUUUUAGGGAAGUGGAGUUAUAUGGAAGUUCCCUGAAAUUACUGUUCCACUGUCAGAUUAGCAAUUAACGGUGCAGCAGGAAUCCCUGUUUUUAUUUUACAGAAUCCUUGUUUUCAUUUUACAAACAGUGGAGCUAGAAACACAUCAAGAUACAGAAGAAAGUCCUGUGAACACUGCUCAAGAGUUAGAUUGCAGUAUUUAGAUUAUUGGGAUAGCA